AUGGCGCGGAAGAAGUUGAAACUCGCGUGGAUCACCAACGACUCCACGAGGCGGGCGACGUUCAAGAAGAGAAGGAAAGGGCUGAUGAAGAAGGCGAGCGAGCUGGCCACCCUCUGCGACGUCAAGGCGUGCGUGAUCGUGUACGCGCCGCAGGAGCCGCAUCCGGAGGUCUGGCCGUCAGUGGCCGAGGCCACCCGCGUGCUCGCGCGCUUCAAGAGCCUGCCGGAGAUGGAGCAGAGCAAGAAGAUGAUGAACCAGGAGGCGUUCCUCAGGCAGCGCGCGGCCAAGCUCCGGGAGCAGCACCGGAAGCAAGAGCGCGAGAACCUGGAUCUCGAGACGGCGCUGCUCAUGCGCAGGGGUCUCGCCGGCAGAAGCGGCGGCGCGGUCGCCGGCUUGGCCGAGGCAGAGUUCGAGGCUGUCACAAGCCUAGCGUGGAUGGUGGAGACGAAGGUGAAGCUGGUGCGGGAGCGGAUGGAGCAGGUGAGGAACCAGCAUGUGCAGGUCGUCGACCACCGCUACAAAGCAGAGGAAAGGUCAGUCCGGCCGGCGCCGGUGGUCGAGAGGGAGAAGGCGCCGGCGGAGGCUGGCAAUGAAUUAUCGACUUGGUUCCCGGAAGACAAUAUCGGCGCGAGCGAGAGGAGUUUGAUGUUUGAUUCGUACAUGGAACAUGGUAGUCAAUGGUUUGAUGUUUUCUUUCCUUUCAAUUCAUGUCUCUAGUUUACCAUA